AUGAACACAAAACGUUUACAUGCAUCUGCUGAAGAUUUAAGUAAAGAUUACUUAUCACCAUACGCUGUAUUAACUUCAAUGACAUCCAUUGCUACUCAAGAAUUACCAUUUCAAGAACUUGAAUAUGGUAUUUUAAUUGAUCUUCUUCAAGAACUUCAAAAUGGUCUUGUACGAAAACCAGAUCAUUUUAAUAAUGUACAUUUUUUACUUCUAUUAUUAUAUGAUUCCCAUGGUUAUCCUCGUGAUCGUUAUCCAUUAUGGCGUUGGUAUCAUCGAAUAAAAAAAAAACUUCUUACAGCUAAACAUUUAACAAUUGAUAAUGAAAAAUCUCGUCAAUGUAUUAUUGAUGUACUUGAAAAUCUUAUUGAUGCAAAUCCAAAAAUAAUAACAUUAAUUGAAGAAAGUGUUCAAUUAGAUCAACAAUAUCUUCAUUCUCAUAUGCAUGGCUUAUUUAAAUCAUAUGCAUCUUUACAUACAUAUUUAUAUAUGGAACAAAUUGAUACACCAAUAAUAAAUGAAAAUAAAAAAAUAUUUGAUAUAUUUCAAUCAUGCAUUAUAAAAUUAUCUCUACGUGAAUAUUGUGAUUUAAUACAUUUUGCAAUAGCACAUAAGAAAACAAAUUUGCUCGAUAAAAUUUUUGGAGACAAAAUGAAUUGGUUGGAUAUAUCAAUGAAUUUAUGUACUGAACGUGGAUGGUUACCAUUACAUUAUGCUGCAUACGUUGGAGAUAAAGAAACGACAAUAUGUGAUACAUUAACGUCAUCAGCAUGUCAUUUUGAUACAUUAUCAUUAAUGAUUCCACCUUUUCAACAACGAGAAUUUGAUCAUAAUCCAAAUGAAUAUAUUCUUAGAGCAUGUGGUGUUGAACGUGAUACAACAAAUCGAACAAAACAACGUAAACAUGGAUUAUCAAUAUUAAGACCAUCACUUUCACUUGAUAGUCAUACGAGAUUGUCAAGACCACAAAAUCUUCCAAAAUUUCGAUCAAAUUUUGAUGGACAAACAGCAAAAGAUCAACCACCAUUAGGAACAAAUAAUGUUAUAAAUGAUCCUCAUAGUAAUAGUAAUUCUCUAAGUAUUGCAAAUGAUAAUGACAUUCCAGAUGCUGAUGAACUUGAAUUAAGUUCAUUUCCUUUAAUACAACGUGAAGAAUUUAUUGAUAAACUUAUACAUGGAUAUGAUGCAAAACAUAUGCUUACUCCAUCACCACUUACUCUUGCAUGUAUUGCAACAUGUGGUGAAAAAGCAGAUUAUGAAGAAAUAGUUAAACUAUUACUUGAGUCUCACCUUGUUGAAUUUGAUGGUCUCAAUCAUGAAUGCAUAGUCAGUCGUGUAUUUGACUAUAUGCAUAGAAAAGAUUAUGCAACAUUUCAACAUGUAAAAGUAUAUCGUGAUACUGAGAUUGAAGGACCAUCGACAUUUAUAUCUUAUCAAUUUGAUGGUUUUAUUGUUAAUCAAGAUGUAAAACCAGUUUCUGGUGCUUUAUCAGGUUCAUCAGUAACAUUGAAUACAUCGAAAAACGAUGAAUCAGGUGCAUCCGAUGAUGGUAAUCAAACUGAAACACCAAUAAGUAUACGUUGUUUUUUAACUGUUCUUGUUCUUCGUGAUGUAUUUCUUCAAUAUCCACGUUGGGAUUUUCAUUUGUUACGUGAAAAUAUUGAAGAAAAUUUUGUUGAAUUAGAAAAUGCACUUGGCUGUCGACCAACAAUAUUAUAUCCUGAUGGUGAUGUUAUAUCAUCACGUAAACGUAGUGAUGUAACAUGGGAAGUUAAAGUAAAAUAUCGUUUAAGUUCUGAAACAGGUCAAUCAUUAUUUAUGGAAGUUGAUUAUUAUUUUUUUGAAUCAUUUGGUGAUCCAUUUGCUGAUGCAUUUGCAAAUAUUUAUCAAACACCAUUUUACUUAUCAUGUAUGACUGAUUCAACAGUUAUCAUGCAUACAAUAUUUGAUUCAUUUUUUAAACGACGAAAUCUUUUUUGGUGUGGAACAGUUGCGCAAAGACAUUUAGAACAUUGUUUUGAUGGUGUUUUACAAAUAAAAAAUAAUUGUACAACAUUUUUAUCAUUAUGUACAACAUUAAGUCAUUAUUAUCAAGUUGAUGGUGAUCCAUUUAUUGAAGAAAAUUCAGCUUCAAUACAACGUAUAUUUGUUCAUGCAUUUGCUUGUUGUGUACGUCGUAAUGCUAAAAUCGAACUUGAUUAUUUAAUUAAAAAUCAUGCUUUAAUUUAUUAUGAUUCAUGUCGAACAAAACCAAGUGAUAUUCGACAUAAUAUAUUAACAUAUUGUGUUGUGAGAAAUUUAGCUAAUGUAUUUGAUCAAUUAAUGACAAAUAUGAAAACAACAAUGUAUAAAACAUAUCAAAAUUCAACAAAUCCAGAUUGGCAACCACAUAUUGCUUGGAGAGAAAUUAUACAUGUUAUUAUUGAUCCACUUUCACAACAACAAAAUGGUACAAAUGAACAAUGUGAUUUUACCCAAUUGGCUUGUUACGGUGAUACAAAUACAAAUUUUGCAACAAUUGGUAGUAUACCAAUACUUCAUGCUACUGGUGAUGAAUAUACUCGAUGUAUAAAUGCACGAAAAAAUCUUAUAUUAAAAGCAAAAAAAAGAUUACCACGAGCAUUCAGUGAGGCAAAUAAACAUCGACCAUUAUCACGUCGAAUGAUUAGUCUUGAUCAACAACAAAUUGAAGAUGCUCUAAGUAAUUUAACAGAUAACACCAAUGUUGGAAAUUAUAAUGCUGGAAUAAGUAAUAAUAAUACAACCGUUAGUGGAACAACAACUCAUGUAGGUAUAACAAAGAGAUCAAGAAAUAUUUUUAAAAAUGUUAAUCGAUUACGUUGGGGAAAGAGUGAUCGACAUAGUCCAUCUAGACCAAACAGUCAAUAUCAACAAGAAAUUGAUAAUCAUUCAAAUUCACCAACAGUAAUAACUGGACUUGAUGAACUAGUAAUGCCAAAAGACACAAUCAGUUUGGUGAGUAAUAUUACGCUAUAA